AUGCGUGAGCCCAUUCCCAUCGGCCAGCCCCUCUGGGUGUGUGGGGACAGAGCCCCACCGCGGCCCCUCCAGCCUCGAGGCACACGACCGAGGUGGAGGCAUCCUCGCCACGGGCCGUACGAGCUGCCUUCAGCUGAUGGCACUUUAUAUACAGGGGACAGCGAGGAAUUGAACCGAGUACUGAACGCAGGGAGACGCAACGCCAGCUGUUCAGAAGGUUUAAGAAAAAAUAAAAAUAAAAAUAAAAAUAAUCCUCCGCGGGGCGGCGCCGCCUCCGCCAACUGCACGGUGCUGGCGGUGCGGCAGCUGGGGGAGCGCUUCCCCUGCACCUUCUCCUGCGGGGCCGCCUGCCGCGGGACCGCCCGCUACCCCUGCCUCCAGGUCCUGGUCCGCACCUCCCGCUCCUCCGCACCCGCCCUGCUCCAUGAGGACGAGCGGCAGCUCCGCAACAACCCCAAGUGUUCGUACAUCCCUCCCUGCGCAAGAGACGAUCAGGAGAACUCUGAGAACGUCACGUACAAGCAGAAAUACUGGAAAGAGAAAGUGGGUUCGCAACCAUUUACAUGCUAUUUUAACCAGCACUUGAGGCCGGAUGAUGUGAUGCUGAAGCGUACCCAUGAUGAGACUGUCCUCUUGCACUGCUUCCUCUGGCCUUUGGUUACGUUCCUGGUUGGAGUCCUCAUUGUGGUCCUGACCAUCUGUGCCAAGAGCUUGGCUGUCAGGGCAGAGGCAAUAAAAAAGAAGAAGCAUUUGUAA